AUGAAAGAAUGUGUUGAACAUGAUAAAGAUCUGGACGUUUUAUGUUCAGAUUGCAAUGUUGUAAUGUGUUAUCGUUGUCACAUUGCAUAUCAUAAUCGACAUUGUGCAUUUCACACAGAUGACAUUAAAAAAUCACUUUUAAAUGUAGAUUAUUCAGUUGUUGCUUAUGAUCAUAUUAAUAGUAAUCAUAAUCAUAAAGAAAAAGAAGAAGAAAUUAAUAAAGAUAAUAAUAUUAAUAAUAACAAAGAUGGCAGUGAUCAUAUUAAUGAAAAAGAGAUGAAUGAAGUGAUUAGUAAUAAAGAUGAUCGUAAUAAUAAGAAUAAUAGCAAUAAACAGAAUGAUAAUAAUAUUAUUCAAAAUAGAAUACAAAUUUUAUGGAAUAAAUCAAAAGAAUCAGUCAAUCAUAUUCAAAAACUUAGCGAAAUCGAGAAUCAAAUCAGUGAUCAUUUCAAACAAUAUUAUGAAAUGUUAAUGAAAGAAGAGAGUAAAUUAAAACAACCAAUCAUUGAUGAAAUCGACCAAACCAAACAACAACUCGAUCAAAUCAUCAAAGAAAUACAAUCAUUACACAAUAUCAUUCAAUCGAUCACUCCAACUCUGAAACCAGAUGAAAAGAGCAAUAAUCAUGAUCAUGAUAUACCAAAUAAUAAUAAUGAAUAUGAUAUUCUACCAGAUAUUACAAUCAAUUAUUCACUUCCAACAUUGAUUGAAUCAAUUCGACAAACUAAAACAUUCGAUCAAUUCAUUCAUAAUAAUAGUAAUACAAUAUUUAAUCUUGAAAACAAAAAACAAACCAACAAUGAAAUCAUUGAAUAUCUAAAAGAUAACAAUGAAACCAACAAGAAUAAGAGACAUAAGAAUAAUGAUAACAACAAGACAAGUAAUAAUAAUAUUUAUAAUUCAAUAUUAGGAAUCAUUCGCAAUCAUUUCAAUCAACAUAAUAUCGAUCAAAUUGUCUACAAGAAUAAUAUUUCAAUCGACAAGAAUGAGAAUCAUCAGAGUUAUUUUAAUGGAGUCAUAAAUCUCAUUCGAAAUUCUCUCAACCUCAAACUUGAUGCUGACAAAACAACCAAUAAUAUCAAACAUAUUAUAACUAUGGAUGAUGACAAUAUAGUAUCAUUAUACAAAUGGGAUUACAAAUCAGGAAAUCAAAUGGAAUUAAUGGAGAAUGAAUCAAAAGAAUUGACAGAUUUAAUUAGAACCAAACUGGAUACCGAUCAAAUUUUCUUUGUAUCAUCAAACUCAACCAUCUAUGUAUUCCCAAAGGAAGAUAACAUAUUCAUUGCCUACUCGAUCAUUGACAACAAAUUCAGACUAUCUUCGUUUUACCCAUUAUUUCAUCCUACAUUCAUUGGUCAGCCUUGUUUUUUCUCAGACGAACUAUGCUACUUGUAUCUCUAUUGCAAAUCCAACGAAGAUUUUGAGGACAAUACAUUAAUCAUUCGAUUCAAUACCAUAUUGGAGGAGUUUGAAUUAUUUCAUUAUCAUAAUAAUUCAAAAGACAGCAUCCCAGUGGCAUUGAUUGAUAAUCAUCACUCAAUACCAUAUACAUUCAAUAUAUACUACGAUUCUUCUUUAAGAGUGAUCUUUCUUGCUAGAUACAAUGAAUUAAUAACAGAUGUUGAAGAAGUCCAUCCGAUUAUCAGUAAAAUAGAACCGACAUUCAUCACCUCUUGUUUUGCUGGUAAAACUGGUUAUCUUUAUUAUGGCGAUGAAAAUCAAGACUAUUUCAUUAAAAUAGAAUCUAUUUAUGACUACAAGAUCACAAAUCUUGCCACAAUUGAAGGACGUGCAACCAUAGAAAUCUAUGAACAGUCUUUUAGUACUUUUAACACUUUUGAACAACAAGCAAUCUCAGAAAAGUUUAUUCAAGUAGUUGUAAAUUAUGUGUAUCAAUAG